GUUAAUUUGCAUUCAUAGCGUUUACAUGUGGUUGCUGGAAACACUAUCUUUGCAUGAUAAUCAAAGCUCCGAAUUAGGAUCUCAGCCUUUGAAUUUGUCCAAAUUUUUCAACUAACAAAUUUUGGUUAUAACUUAUAAGUUAUAACUGAAGUCCACACGUUUUAUUUUUACAAUUAACAAAAGGUUACUCACAUAGUUAUCUAAAAAUGGACACAGAUUUGGUUAUAACUUAUAACUGAAGUCCAAACUAUCUGGCCUUGUAAUUAAUUCCCUAAUGGAGACUUAUCUAACGGAAAACCAGUCAUUAUUAAUGACGACACAGAUUUAAUUUAUUUUCACACAAUUUGAAGAAACGAAUUGUUCUUUUCAAUCUUUUGAUACAACAAUGGACAAGGAAACAAAACCAAGCUAUGAACCAGAUCGGAUUCCACCGUCGGUUUUCGCAACAACAAUGACUCCUAAACAAGAUUGGAGCAUGCAGUCGAACGAAUCUUUGUUCAGUAUUCACAUGGGAGAUCAAUUUUUCUAUAAAUCUGGAGAACUUUUAAAUUUCGAUUAUUCUGCUCCGUAUAUUAACAACAAUGAUAACAAAAUCAAUUUGACCGACGCUGGAACCAAAGAAGUCAAUAUCCCCAUAGUGCAAACCGGACGAGAUGGCUUAACCAAUGUAUCUAAACCGGAUCAACCACAGCAAAUUCCGUUAUCUCCGACCAAGUCUUAUCGCUCCGACACAAGUAAUAACAGCGCAGCAUCUUUCGCAUUUCCUACAUUACAAGAGUACCAACAAGAUCGAAAGUCACUUAAAGUGAUGAGUGAAAGUGGUAAAACGGAUAUGUCAAGACAAGACCCGAUGUCCGGUUUGUACCCGGAUGGUCCAAAACCGGGGAAUGGUGUUACUUGGCUUACUUGUUUCUCCUGUUUCUCGGUGAAAAAUUGAGAUGAUUUCUCUUUGUUAAAUCAAUUAUUUAGGUCGUACUUGUCCAAGAGACGCGAGACAUAUAACCACGUAAUUCUAAUGUACUCUCGAAAAAAAGAAAAAAAGAGUUGUUUGAUAUAUAUAUAUAUAUAUAUAUAUAUAUAAAAAGCUGUGUGAAAGAGAUUUAAUUUCAACGUGUCAUUGCA